AUGACAGCUGUCGAAACCCAAGUCUCAUACAGCAACUCUUACACGAUUCAACAUGAAGAGGCGUACAUGACCCAAGAGGACGACUGGGACAGGGACCUCCUGCUGGACCCUGCCUGGGAGAAGCAGCAGAGAAAGACCUUCACAGCUUGGUGUAACUCCCACUUGAGGAAGGCCGGGACACAGAUUGAGAACAUUGAGGAGGAUUUCAGAAAUGGCCUCAAACUCAUGCUGCUGCUGGAGGUCAUAUCAGGUGAGAGGCUGCCCAAACCCGACAAAGGCAAAAUGCGUUUCCACAAGAUCGCCAACGUGAAUAAAGCUCUGGACUUCAUCUGCAGCAAGGGGGUCAAGCUGGUGUCUAUUGGUGCCGAGGAAAUUGUUGACGGUAAUGGAAAGAUGACCCUUGGGAUGAUCUGGACCAUCAUCCUGCGCUUCGCCAUCCAGGACAUCUCUGUUGAAGAGACCUCUGCUAAGGAGGGUCUGCUGCUGUGGUGCCAGAGGAAGACUGCCCCCUACAGGAACGUCAACGUGCAGAACUUCCACAUCAGUUGGAAGGACGGCCUGGCUCUGUGUGCCCUCAUCCACAGACACAGACCUGACCUCAUUGACUACUCUAAACUGAGAAAGGAUGACCCUAUUGGUAACCUGAACACUGCUUUCGAGGUGGCUGAGAAGUUCCUGGACAUCCCUAAAAUGCUUGACGCUGAAGAUAUUGUAAACACACCCAAACCUGAUGAGAAGGCCAUCAUGACCUACGUGUCCUGCUUCUACCACGCCUUUGCUGGUGCUGAGCAGGCUGAGACAGCUGCCAACCGUAUCUGCAAGGUGCUGGCCGUCAACCAGGAGAAUGAGAAAUUGAUGGAGGAGUACGAGAAGCUGGCCAGUGAGCUGCUGGAGUGGAUCCGCCGCACCAUCCCCUGGCUGGAGAACCGCGUGGCAGAGCAGACCAUGCGUGCCAUGCAGCAGAAGCUAGAGGAUUUCCGUGACUACCGCCGUAUCCACAAGCCGCCCCGUGUGCAGGAAAAAUGCCAGCUAGAGAUCAACUUCAACACCCUGCAGACCAAGCUGAGGCUUAGCAACAGGCCCGCCUUCAUGCCGUCCGAGGGCAAGAUGGUUUCGGAUAUUGCCAAUGCCUGGAAGGGUCUGGAGGGGGUGGAGAAGGGCUACGAGGAGUGGCUGCUGACCGAGAUCCGCCGCCUGGAGAGACUCGACCACCUGGCUGAGAAGUUCAAGCAGAAGUGCUCUAUGCAUGAGUCCUGGACUGGAGGUAAGGAGGAACUGCUGUCCCAGAAGGAUUAUGAGUCAGCAUCUUUGAUGGAGAUCAGAGCCCUGAUGAGGAAGCAUGAGGCGUUCGAGAGCGACCUCGCUGCUCACCAGGACAGAGUGGAGCAGAUUGCUGCCAUUGCCCAGGAGCUGAAUGAGCUGGACUACCAUGAUGCAGCUACAGUCAACGGUCGCUGCCAGGGCAUCUGUGACCAGUGGGACAACCUAGGUACUCUCACCCAGAAGAGGAGGGACUCACUGGAGCGUGUGGAGAAGCUGUGGGAGACCAUUGACCAACUGUACCUGGAGUUUGCCAAGAGGGCGGCGCCCUUUAACAACUGGAUGGACGGAGCCAUGGAGGACCUGCAGGACAUGUUCAUUGUCCACAGUAUUGAGGAGAUCCAGAGUCUGAUCACCGCUCACGACCAGUUCAAGGCCACUCUGCCCGAGGCCGACAAGGAGCGCAUGGCCACCAUGGGCAUCCACAACGAGAUCCUGAAGAUCGCCCAGACCUACGGCAUCAAGCUUUCCGGAAUCAACCCUUACACCAACCUCUCCCCCCAGGACAUCAGCACUAAGUGGGACACUGUGAAGCACCUUGUUCCCCUCAGAGACCAAAUGCUCCAGGAGGAGGUGGCCAGACAGCAGGCUAACGAGAGACUGAGGCGCCAGUUUGCUGCCCAGGCCAACAUCAUCGGACCCUGGAUUCAAACCAAGAUGGAGGAGAUCAGCCAUGUGUCUGUGGACAUUGCCGGCUCCCUGGAGGAACAAAUGAACAGCCUGAAGCAGUACGAGCACAACAUCAUCAACUACAAAUCCAACAUGGACAAGCUGGAGGGAGACCACCAGCUCAGCCAGGAGUCCCUCAUCUUUGACAACAAGCACACCAACUACACCAUGGAGCAUGUGCGUGUGGGCUGGGAGCAGCUGCUCACCACCAUCGCCAGAACCAUCAACGAGGUGGAGAACCAGAUCCUGACCCGCGACGCCAAGGGCAUCAGCCAGGAACAGCUCAACGAGUUCAGAGCCUCCUUCAACCACUUCGACAGGAAGAGAAACGGCAUGAUGGAUCCAGACGACUUCCGUGCCUGCCUCAUCUCCAUGGGCUACGAUCUGGGUGAGGUGGAGUUUGCUCGCAUCAUGACCCUGGUGGACCCCAACAACACGGGCGUGGUGACCUUCCAGGCCUUCAUCGACUUCAUGACCCGCGAGACCGCCGAGACCGAUACUGCAGAACAGGUCAUGGCCUCCUUCAAGAUUCUGGCUUCAGACAAGAAUUACAUCACAAUGGAGGAGCUGCGCAGAGAGCUGCCACCUGAGCAGGCAGAGUACUGCAUCAGUCGCAUGACCAGGUACAUCGGAGCCGACGGCCCCUCCGGCGCCCUGGACUACAUCUCCUUCUCCAGCGCCCUCUACGGGGAGAGCGACUUAUAAACAAAGCCGCGUCUCUUCACCUCCUCCUAUUUCUCCUAUGCGGAGAGAAAGCAAUUUAAACCCCCUUCCACUGUCCUUAUCCUUUUUUCCUCUUUUAAAUCCUAACUUUCGUCCCCUUCUCUCCAUCCCUCCCUCCAUGCCCCAGAAACACUGCCCAGAGAGGGUGAGAUUAGAAGGCUUUGCUCAAGUUUAGAAGCUGUGUUUGGACCGGCCAGCUUGUCCCUCACAUAGGUGUCUUUAAAAACAGGAAUGUGCCAGGUAUUGCAGUCAACUUAUGUAAGAAGCAUACAUAUAUACCAUACCUGCCUUUUGGAGACGUUAAACAGAAGUGGGUUAUGAGGGUGAGAGUUGGUUAGAAAUGACUUAUUUUGAGCAAAGCCUCCUGCUCUCCCUGCUCUCUCAGAUGACAUUUUUUUGUAGAAGGGUAAUUAAAGAAGAGAAUGUGAUAAAAAAGCUGGUCAGUUGGCUUGGUUGGUUGUGUAUUUGUGCAGAUGCAUGCUAUGUUGAAGUUUAGAAAUGCUGUCUUUGUGAGUCACUGACUCUUCCUUAAUCAUCCACAAUCAUUAGGAGCUUGUUAACAUUUCAGUCAGCAGAGGAAAAAGCAGGUCAGGUGCUACGAUGUUACAAAGCCAGUCUGAUACUGACAUUACUCACCACAGCACUGUGAAACCUGAAUGUUAGCAAAGCUAAAACUUAACCUGAAGAUCUUAAAGCCUUAAUCUCAGGAACAAACAGAAGGAAAAUGUGAGCACUGAAUAAUGAGAUGCAGAGAGAAACUCAAAGCACUGUGGGUAAAUACAGGGCCACGGCUGGAUGGGGACUUAAGAACGAAGACAGAAAGACCGAUCCCACACACCUCUCUCCAGAGAAGUAUUUCAGCUAAAUUAACAUCCCAUCUAAACUUGAUGGAGGAGGGACAGAGAGAGGUGUUGAGCAGUAAGAGACAACAGGGCAUUAGGAAAGUUGUGGACGAAAUAAGAAGAAUCAAUACUGUAAGUGGGACCAUAGCAGGCCUAUGUCAGUGAUGAAGCAAAUAGGGUUUUGGUCCCAUUGACAGGUCGGCCAUGAUAAUCAGUGCGAGUCUACUCCUCCGCAUGCAUAAUAUUUAAAUUACAACUGUGCUCCAUUCUCCCCCUCAACUCAUUCUGUCCAUCACUAAUGCUUCGAAAAACAGUUACAUUUUAAAAACCUCAACUUGGAAUAAAAAAGGAAAAUUAUAUUA